CGCAGGGCCUCUCGUUGUGCCCGCCGACCUUUCGGGAAGGCUGGAUUAACCCGAAGGGGAGCCCGUUCGCUUUCUCUCGCAUUGGCUGGAUUUCUGUAAAAUGGAUGAUGCUGCAAAUGGUUUAACACCAACUCUACAAAAUGGCUCGGAAUCCCUGCAAAUACAAGUAGAAGUUCAUCAAAAGUUAGACAGUAUUGCAAUGAAAGAAGAUAUCAAGUUGAGUGUCCUAAAACUACUUAAUAGACAUAAUGUUGUCUUUGGUGAUUACAAGUGGACUGAGUUUGAUGACUGUUUCCUAACAAAUAAUGUACAGUCCGUUGCAAUUGUGGAUACAGAGCUAAAACUAAAAGAAAGACAGCCUAUUAGUCUGAGCAGAUGUAGCCUUUCAAUUCAUAUUUUUCAUCUCAAUGAAGAAGGACCCAGGGCUGAAAAUCUAGAUGAAGAGGAUGAAGCUAUUGUUGCAGCUAAUCACUGGGUGUUGCCUGCAGUUGAAUUCCAUGGUUUGUGGGAUAGCCUUGUUUAUGAUGCUCAAAUUAAGGCAGAUCUGUUAGAUUACGUGACUACAGCAUUACUCUUCUCUGACAGAAAUGUGGACAGCAACUUGAUAUCAUGGAACAGAGUUGUUCUCUUGCAUGGUCCUCCAGGAACUGGUAAAACUUCUCUGUGUAAAGCAUUAGCUCAAAAGCUGGCUAUUAGACUUUCAGACAGGUACUACUAUGGACAGUUGAUAGAGAUAAAUAGCCACAGCCUCUUCUCCAAGUGGUUUUCUGAGAGUGGCAAACUUGUUACCAAAAUGUUCCAGAAGAUUCAAGAGUCUAUUGAUGACAAAAAUGCCCUUGUGUUUGUACUGAUCGAUGAGGUGGAAAGCCUUACAGCAGCUCGUAAUGCUGUUCGAGGAGGUACUGAGCCUUCUGAUGCCAUCCGUGUUGUAAACGCAGUACUAACCCAAAUUGAUCAGAUUAAAAGGUAUCCUAAUGUGGUCAUCCUGACUACUUCGAAUAUCACAGAAAAAAUUGACAUGGCUUUUGUGGAUAGAGCAGAUAUCAGGCAAUACAUUGGGCCUCCUUCCACUGCAGCGAUAUUCAAAAUCUACCUUUCCUGCUUGGAAGAAUUGAUGAAGCGCCAAAUAAUAUAUCCUCGACAGCAGCUGCUGACACUCCGGGAGCUAGAAAUGAUUGGUUACUUAGAAAGUGACGUGUCAAAAUUGAGUCUUAUAUUAAAAGAAAUUUCAAGGAAAAGUGAAGGACUCAGUGGCCGUGUCUUAAGGAAACUGCCUUUUCUAGCCCAUGCACUUUAUCUCAAAUCACCUAACACUACAAUGGCAGCAUUCCUUCAAGCUUUGUCACUUGUGGUGGACAAGCAAUUUGAAGAAAGAGAGAAACUUUCAGAUUGUGUUUGACAUUUUUUUCCCUAUAAUGUUUUAUUGUAUAUACUAUUUUUUCUAGAUUCAUUGUUGUAUUGUUUCUCUGUAUGAUUACUGGGACAGUGUGUUCUUAACCAAAAGAACAAUGCAGAUGAUGUCUGGUUUUCAAGUAAACGUAUUGGAAGUAUAAUUUAAGCAUGAAGUCCUAUAUGUGUCCAGGAGUUUUACCUUGUUUGGGUCAUUAAAAUACAUUUUAAGAAAAAGUUAAUUCAUAAACAACUCUUGUCAACCCUGUUGUUCAUGACAAUCAGAGAGUUUCAUUAAAUAUCCUGCAAUUGGUAUACCUGUAA